AGAAAAACCACACCUCGACCGUUCUAAAUUAAGUUAGUCCUAUCUGCAUGCUUUAUGCUGCACUUUAAUUCUAUAUUUUAUUAUUUUAAAUGUAACAUAAAAUUCUUUCGAAAUUUAGACCUGACUGUCUACUAGUUUUCUAGAUUUUAUUUGUGUGAAUUACUGAGUUUAGGGGGAAAUGGCUAUCAUCCUUUCAUAACAGAAAAAAAAACAGCGAGGUACUAUUGGCAGUAUAUACUCAAAGUCCACUCUUUGCCCUCUCGUCGACUCGACAGUGUGUAACCGAUACCUCUACCGAGAAUGAACACACCGUGACAUACAAUAAGGGCGGGAAGAGGCGAAGGAAAUAUUAUACAUAAAUUCUCGUGAUUUGAUUCCUUACUGCAAAUACAAAAAAUUGAAGAGCCAUUAAUAAUAGGAGCAGGAAUGCGGCGAUUCGGUGCAUGAGACGACAGCGAUGGGAAUAUAUCUCGAUAGUGGUUACAGUAAAAUUCAUUCGCACGUUGGAAGAUUCAGGAGAAAACCCUGCCCUCGCGAAGUAACACAAUUUCAAGAGUGAUCGAAUUUGAUUAUUUCACUUUCCAAGAAGCGAGAUUCCUCUUAAGGACAAACAAUUACAAAGAGCAAGAUGAGUCUGAGUAAGGUGUUAGAGUCCAUCCAUAACAACCAUCUUGAGUUCAUCCGUAUGGAAAUCUCUGAUGUAUAUGGCAUAGCUCGAUCCCGGACUGUCCCGGCGCGCCAUUUUGAAAGAACCUGCAAGUCUGGACUCUUCAUGCCAAUGGCUACCUAUUCCUUCAAUGGGGCAGGAACUGACGCAGAUGAAUACGGCUGCGGGUUGUGUCGAGAGGUUGGGUAUGGAGAUGUGAAGCUGUUUCCAGACUUAGAGACCUUUCAAGUCAUACCAUGGUGUGAGAACACUGGUAGAGUUCUGAUGAAUGCAGAGCGCGAUGGGAAACCCCUGAUGGUGUGUCCUCGACGAAUUGCAGAUAUCCAACUGCAGAAGUUGGAGGAAAUGGGAUAUUCUCUCUUUUCAGCUCACGAAUAUGAGUUUCAUGUGGUGGAUGCUGAGACGCGUGAGCCUCUCUUGAAGGAUGGCAAUCUCUUGUCGACCCUGAGGACAUACACUGAUACCAAGCUUCUUCAUCAGUUGAUGAGAGAUCUGCCAAAAGUUGGAGUAGACAUCGAAAGUGCUGAAGGUGAGGGCGGGGUUGGCCAAUAUGAAAUCACAUACCGUCCAGAGUUUGGACUGCGAUCCGCUGAUAACGCACACACAUACAAGAUAUCAGUGAAAGAAAUUGCUAGGCAACACGGCUACAUGGCAUCCUUCAUGUCCAAACCUUGGCCGAAUCGAAGCGGUUGUUCGUCUCACUUCUGUCACUCUCUCUGGGAUGCAAAGACCAAAGAACCUCUGGUGUAUGAGAAGGACAGUCCUUGUGGGAUGUCCACAGUCGCUCAGCACUGGGUGGCGGGACUACUAGAGCAUGCACCUUCUCUUACAAUCCUUGCCUCACCGACUGUCAACUGUCUAAGUCGUCUUAAACCAAACACAUUCGCGCCUAUCAACGCGACCUGGGGUAUUGACAACCGUACCACUGCUAUACGAAUCAAGAUUAACGGACAGAAGGGUACCUACAUCGAAAAUCGAAUCGGUGCCAGUGGAAGCAAUCCUUAUCUUCUUUUGGCAGGUACUGUCAUAGCAGGAAUGGACGGCAUCAAACGGAAACUUCCCCUUCCUCCAGAAUUGUCAGGAAGCUCGUACGAGAACGGUGAUCAUCCAGCGGGUCAAGAACUCCCAAAUAACAUGGAGAAGGCAAUUGAGGCGCUCAAAGCAGAUACAGUUAUGGUUGAAGCACUCGGACCUGACUUCAUAAAAUGUUUCUUGGCAAUGAAGAAGAAAGAACUUGUGGAAUCCCAACAGGCUGCAACAAACAAGGAUCAAGAAUGGGAAAUGAAGAUGUUCUUUCAAUAUCUUUGAAAAGGUUAUUAACCAUUAGAACUUCCAUAAUCGUCGGGUAUAUAGGUUCAAAGAAAAAAAUAUUCCCCCAAAUCCAAAAUGAUACUAAUGUAAGGUGGUCAUGGUGGUAUAUCGUUUUGUUGACUGCACAAGUUUUAUCAAAGAUAAAGUCCAUCGUAUGACUUCUUAAAAGAACAUGUAUUCAUCAAGAUGUAUUAAAUUUUAGUUUGAAAAUAAUCACAUUACAUCAGUCAUUUUUAUCAAAUUUAAUUUGGUAAUGAUUUUACAUUAUAUUAGAGAUCAAAACUGUUUUACUCGACCCUUUACUGAAAUGCGAUUAAAUAUAAGUCUUCUCUUGUACUGUUUUAUGAUGAAUUUUUAUCGAUGUCAAAACAGCCCAAGAUCUAUCAUUCGGUAUGCAGAUCAAGAUGAUUGUUUUUGAGUGGCUUUC